AUGCCCUCCGAGGCGGGCGGAGAGGAGCUGGAGAGUCUCCGCCCUCUGCUGGACGGCGCCUGCUGCUGCACCUCAGGAGGUCUCGGCGCGCUGCCCGGGGCGCCGGUGGCGGAAGGACGGGCGCGGCGCUCGGCCGACGAGCGGGAACCAGGCCGUCGCCGCGCCGCCUCCUCCGCCACCGGCGGCCGCGGCAGCUUCGUGGCCAUGGUGGACAACCUGCGCGGGAAGUCGGGACAGGGCUACUACGUGGAGAUGACGGUGGGAAGCCCCCCGCAGAAGCUGAAUAUCCUGGUGGACACAGGAAGCAGCAACUUUGCCGUGGGUGCAGCCCCUCAUCAGUUCCUACAGCGCUACUAUCAGCGCCAGCUCUCCAGCACCUACCGGGACCUGCGGAAGGGCGUCUAUGUGCCCUACACGCAAGGAAAGUGGGAGGGGGAGCUGGGCACUGACUUGGUGGCCAUCCCCCAUGGCCCAAAUGUCACCGUCCGGGCCAACAUUGCCGCCAUCAUCAAGUCGGACAAGUUCUUCAUCAACGGCUCCAACUGGGAAGGCAUUCUGGGCCUGGCAUAUGCCGAAAUUGCCCGGCCGGACAACAGCCUGGAGCCCUUCUUUGACUCCCUGGUGAAGCAGACGCAGGUGGCCAACAUCUUCUCCCUGCAGUUGUGUGGCACAAGCUUCCCGGCCAAUGAUUCAGACACCCUGGCGUCCGUGGGGGGCAGCAUGAUCAUUGGGGGCAUCGACCAGACUCUCUACAGGGGCAACAUCUGGUACACGCCCAUCCGGAAGGAAUGGUACUAUGAGGUUGUCAUAGUCAAGAUUGAGAUCAACGGGCAGGACCUCCAGAUGGACUGCAAGGAGUACAAUUACGACAAGAGCAUCGUGGACAGCGGGACCACCAACCUUCGGCUGCCCAAGAAGGUCUUUGAGGAGGCAGUGAAGUCCAUCAAGACAGCUUCCUCGACAGAGAAGUUCCCGGACGGCUUCUGGCUGGGGGAGCAGCUGGUUUGCUGGCAGGUGGGAACAACCCCUUGGAACAUCUUCCCGGUCAUCUCUCUCUACUUGAUGGGUGAGACCACCAACCACUCCUUCCGGAUCAGCAUCCUGCCCCAGCAAUACCUCCGGCCAGUCGAGGAUGUGGCUACCUCCCAGGACGAGUGCUACAAGUUUGCCGUCUCCCAAUCCUCCACCGGCACCGUCAUGGGGGCUGUGAUCAUGGAGGGCUUCUACGUGGUCUUUGACCGGGCUCAAAGGCGCAUUGGCUUUGCGGUCAGCACUUGCCAUGUGCAGGACGCGUUCCGGACGGCCUCGGUGGAUGGGCCUUUCCUGCACCCCAACAUGGAGGACUGUGGCUACAACAUCCCCCAGACGGACGAGUCGACGCUGAUGACCAUCGCAUACAUCAUGGCAGCCAUUUGCGCGCUCUUCAUGCUCCCUCUCUGCCUGAUGGUCUCCCAGUGGCGCUGCCUGCGCUGCCUCCGCCGCGGCCACGAUGACUUUGCGGAUGACAUUUCCCUGCUAAAGUGAGCGCUGCCCCCCCUCCCGGCCCAGAGCCUGUGCUGGCGACACGGCUGGGCAUUGGCACCGGGACCAUCGUCCCCUCUCUUGGGGCUGCUGCGGCCUUGGCCUUCUCCCGGUGGGCAGCUGCUGUUGCUGGGGCGGUUCUGCUGCUGCCCGGGCCCCCCCAGAGAGGUUGGCAGGGCCGGUUGUGGCCGAAGAGCCGUUGCCAUCGCUUCCACUGCUGUCCCAGGAGUUUCACAACCGGUGCAAGCGGAGGGCAGGAGGGGUCUUCGCCACCUGUCCAGAAAACACCUUUUCUCCCACCGC